UUAAAAAUUUUGAAUUAAGUUCAAUAAUUAUGGCAGGUAUUCUGAGAAGAUUUACCAAAUUUAUCUUCGGUGAAGGUGAAGAGGAAGAGCUUAACGCUCUGAUCAACAAGGUUGAACAAUAUAAAUGUGUUCAUACUAGACUCUACUGCUUCCACACUGAAAGUGCUACUAAGAUGUCCAUCUACACUAAAGCUAAAGCAAGUUUGGUUUGGAAUGAUUCCACCGGAAAGUUCUUCGUGUGUUUAGAAAAUCUUUGUGAUGACGAUGAUGAAGACGAAGAUGAAGAGAACCAGAUCUUCCUCCCACUGAUUAAAGAUCUGAACUGGAAUCUUGAUGAGUCAAAGAAUGACGAUGAUGAUUUUGCAAUCAAACAUUUCUUCGAUUACACAAAGCAAAAAGACUUAAAGAAUGUAGGAGGAGGACGCUACGAAGUGAACUUUACUACAGAUGCAAAGACAGAUGAAAUAGAAAACUUUGAGAACUACAUCAACGACAUUCUAGACUUUGUUGAAAAGAUUACUCCUGCUGAAGAGACUAAAGAAAGCACUCAAGCUGACGAGGAGGAAAAGAAGGAGUUCAGUGAUAGUCUUUUCGAAGGUAAAGGAACCUUAUUUCAGUAUAACAAUGAGGAAGACAAGAAUGAAGUUGUUGAAGAGAAUGUCAAGUUCUUAGUCCAGAAACUUGAAGGUGAUUUUAAGUAUGCAUUCACCGUCAUUGUUGAAGAUGUUGGAGAGAUCCUUAUACAAACCCAUGUGCAUGAAGGAACCCAAGCUUCUAUCAACAGUAGUUCAGGUGUAAUCAUGUGGAUCCAUGAUACCUUCACAAGUGGAGAUGAAGAUCUGAAUGCCUUUGUGUUCUACUUCACCAACAAGGGAGAGAAGGACAUUGACAUACUAAGUAAAGCUGUGUCAAAAUGCAUCUUCGAGUGCCAGAGAAAAGUCUCUAUCGAAGAUAAUGUCAAGGAAGAAGAUAUGAGCUGGAUGGCUGAUGCUUAUGUUGAAGACUUGAGAGAAGAAGAAGACAAAAGCGAGUACAACGAUGAAGAUGAAGAAUAUCAGGGUAUUGACGAAUCUUACAAAGAUAUGAUCAUGGAAGAUGACCAAGAAUACGAUAACAAGGACUUCCUUCAAGCUCAUACUUAUGAUAGAGCCUUUGUAGUUAGAGGAGAAGGAUUUGGAGUCUAUGGAACUGACAAUGACAGCGGACUAAGUUACUGUGGAGAUAUUCCUAUUCUCAAUGAAUACUCAGGAGCACCAGCUGAAAAUCUUAUGCUUCACGAUAAUGAAAACAAGCUACUGUUUAUCGAUCCUCAAGAGAAGAACUUGAUCAAAUGAUAUGACUUUGAAAAGGACAAAGUAGUAGAAGAAUGGGAAGGUGAAGGCGUAAAGAAGUUCAAUUCCUUCUUCGGAGAAACUAAGAACUCACAGUCGACUCCAGGAUCCAAUAUCAUUGCUUGUAGUGAUAAAGGGAUGUAUCUAAUGGAUCCUCGUGUAAAUACUGCCUCAAAGAAUGUAUCCCAAAAGGUCUACUCUACUAACUAUCUUUUCAGUAAGAUUACUGCAAAUAUGAAUGGUAACAUUGCUGUUGGAAGUAAGAAUGGAGAGAUAAGACUCUAUACAAAGAUGGGUCAGACAGCAAAGACAAUGCUCCCAGGUAUCGGUCAGGAGAUCACCCAUCUUGAUGUUUCACAAGAUGGCUCUUGGAUACUUGCUACCUGUAAGAACUAUAUCUUGGUGAUCCCCACUAAGACUAAAAGUGGGCAGACUGGGUUCGAGAAGAAGAUGGGAAAAGAAAAACCUAAGCCAAAGAAGCUGAAAUUGACCCAAUCAGAUGUUGUGAAGUAUGGCUUAAAGAAGAAAGAGUUCACUAAGGCUACUUUCAAUAAUGGAGGAAAUAUCACCGAAUCCUUUAUUACUGUAUCUAUCGGGAAAUUCGUAGUUAUCUGGAAGUUGAAGAAGGUCAAGAAGGGUAAUCUGGGAGACUAUGAUAUCAAGGAGCUUCAUAACUCUGUUGUUGCAAGUGAGUCCAAAUAUAAUACAGAGAACGAGAUCAUGGUUGCUUUGCCAAAGAGUUUGACUGUUGAAACCAGAAAGAAGAGAAAGUAA